AUGGACGAGCGAACUUCGUGGAGGAUUGUCAUACUGGGAAAAACUGGAGCUGGGAAGAGCAGCCUGGCUAACACCCUAUUGGGAGAGAAUGUGUUCAACAUAAGCCAUUCUCCCAUCACUGACCCAAGUCUUUCUUGUGCCAAAACCAAAUCUGUCAACGGGAAAAGCAUCGAAUUGAUCGACACUCCCAGUUUUUUUGACACAGGCGGGUCUGAGGAACUGCUCAAGGCUGAGAUAGUGAGGUGUAUCACAGAGUGCGCUCCUGGGCCUCAUGCUUUUCUCAUCGUGCUUAAAGUGGAGAAAUUCACAGAGCACGAGAAGGACGUCAUCAAAAAAAUAUGCCAAAGUUUCUCAGAGGAAGCUCUCAAAUAUGCCACAGUCGUCUUCACUCAUGGUGACCAGCUCGAGGAAGGAGGGACAAUUGAGGAGUUUGUGAGUCAGAAUGGAGGUCUGAGUGAUCUGGUGAAGAAGUGUGGAGGCCGAUGCCACGUCGUUGAUAAUAAAUACUGGAAGAACAGCCAAGAGGACGACUACAGAAGUAACCAAUUCCAGGUCGCAGAGCUACUCGACACACUGGAAAAGAUGAUUGAGGCAAACAAAGGAAGCUGCUACACCAAUGAGAUGCUACAAGCAGUGAAGAAAGAAAUACAGACAGAGGAAGAGCACAUCAGACAGUCAUCAGUAAAUAUGUCACAGGAAGAGAUUAGAAAUAAAGCUAAAAACAGCGUUUUUAACAAGUUAUUGACCAGAGUAGCAAGUACUGCAACAGGUGCAUUGCUGGGAGCUUUGCUUGGUGUGCUAAAGAUGGGAGUAGCAAUUGUUUGCAAUUAUCGUUCAGAUCCUACAGCACUAGUAUCAGCAGUAAGAGGAGCGGCUGGGUCGGCCGCUCUAAGUGGGGUAGUAACGGGCGGUAAGAUAGGAUAUGACGCAGCUGAAGGGGCACAAAGUCCAAAGGAAGCCGUAGAGAAGACAAUAAAGGGUCUCUUGAAGUAUUCUGGGGUUGCAGAAGAUAAAAACAACAAAUAG